AUGGAUCCCAACUAUGUGCAAGGCCUACACAAUCUCCUGCUGCAAUCGACUUCAAAUAACACCUUGCAGCUGAAGGCAGCAACUGCCCAACUCAACAGAGAGUACUACGGAAGUCCGGCGUGCAUUCCUGCCCUCGCACAAAUCAUCGCCAGCUCUCCCGAUCAAGCGGUCCGACAACUCGCGGCAGUGGAGUUGCGAAAACGGGUUUUGAAGGACAGCGGAGGGAACUGGAUUCAGCUUUCACCAGAAGACCGCGCACAGAUCAAGGCGAAGCUCCCUGAGCUUAUCCUGUCUGACCCCAGCAACCUUGUUCGUCAUUCUUCUGCUCGCGUCAUCGCCGCGAUCGCGUCGGUCGAGCUCCCUCUUGGCACUUGGCCAGAACUCCUUCCCUUCCUCCAGCAAAUAUGCAGUUCACCAAAUGUCGCGCAUCGAGAAGUUGGGGUAUACAUUCUCUAUACAGUCCUGGAGAAUGUCGUAGAGGGCUUUGAGACUCAAUUGCAAAGCUGUUUCAAGUUGUUCGAGGUGUUGAUCAAUGAUCCGGAAAGUGCAGAGGUCAGGAUCACUACGGUCAGAGCACUCGGGGUCGUCGCUCAGUACAUCGAUGCCGACGACAAGGGUGAUAUCAAAUCCUUCCAAAACUUGCUGCCAGCAAUGAUCAACAUAAUUGGUCAAUGCGUUGAAUCGGGCAAUGAACAGGGCGCUCGUCAGCUGUUCGACGUGCUCGAGACGCUCCUUAUCCUAGAAACCCCUUUACUUGGCCAGCACAUUCCUCAGCUCGUCUCGUUUCUGGUCAUGUGUGGGGGCAAUCGCAGCUAUGAUGAUGAGUUGCGUAUCCUCUCGCUCAACGCGCUCAACUGGACAGUUCAGUACAAAAAGUCAAAGGUGCAGGCUAACAACCUCGCUCCGGCGAUCUUGGAGAAGAUGAUGCCCGUCACGACGGAGCCCGAGCCGGAAGACACGGACGAGGAUGCCCCGUCUCGUUCUGCUCUUCGUAUCAUUGACACCCUCGCGACCAACCUGCCUCCAACACAGGUCUUCCCGGCGCUGCGCCAGUUGAUUCAGACGUACUUCUCCUCCCCAGAUCCGAAUGUCCGCCGCGGUGCUAUGCUCGCUCUUGGUGUGUCCGUCGAAGGAUGUAGCGAGUUUAUGACGCCGCUGAUGGGCCAGGUGUGGCCUAUCAUCGAGGCUGGGCUAGCGGAUCAAGACGCCUCUGUGCGCAAGGCGACCUGCAUUGCCGUUAGCUGCCUCUGUGAGUGGCUCGAGGACGAGUGUGCGUCGAAACAUGCUGUUCUUGUACCGACAAUUAUGCGUCUUGUCAAUGACCCCGUCACGCAGCGUCAAGCCUGCACCGCUCUCGAUGCUCUUCUGGAGAUCAUGCACGAGUCGAUCGAGCAGUACCUCCCACUGAUUAUGGAGCAACUCGUUGGCUUGCUGGACAGCGCCCCAAUCCCCGUCAAGUCGGUCGUCAUCGGCGCGUUGGGCAGCGCCGCACAUGCGUCGCAUGAGAAGUUCCUGCCAUACUUCCAGCCGACAAUGGACCGCUUCCAGCACUUCCUCAUCCUUCGCGCAGAGGGCGAGGAGCAGGAGCUGCGCGGCAUAACGAUGGACGCGGUCGGCACGUUUGCGGAGGCGGUCGGUAAGGACAUGUUCCGCCCGUACUUUGGAAACAUGAUGAAGCAGGCAUUCGAGGGUAUCGAGCUUGGCAGCCCACGGUUGAGAGAGUGCAGCUUCCUGUUCUUCGGAGUGAUGUCGAGGGUGUUUGAAGACGAGUUUGCGCCGUACUUGCCGAAUGUCGUGCCUGCUCUCCUUGCUAGCUGUAGGCAAGUCGAACAUGGCGAGGAGAGUCUUGAAAUCUCCACUGCCGAGGCGACUGCUAGCUUCGCUUCUGGUACAUCUCCCGCCAACGCCAUUACCGUGACCGACGAUGGGAAAGGUGGCAUUGAGAUCGAGGCUGAGGACAUCGACAUCGACAAGCUGCUCGACGUAAAUAGCACGAUUUGCAUUGAAAAAGAGAUCGCGGCGGAUACCAUCGGCACGAUCUUCGCGGCAACGCGCAGUCAUUUUCUGCCUUACGUCGAGCAAUGUACGCUGGAGCUCAUCAACCUCCUCCCGCAUUACUACGAUGGCAUCAGAAAGUCUGCGACGGAGUCGCUAUUGGAGAUCAUCAGGACAUUCUAUGAGCUUAGCAACCCUCAGGAUUGGGUACCUGGGGCUGUGCCGAAUGUUCCCCUUGAUCCGCAGGUUGCAUCGCUCAUCAACCACAUUUGGCCAUCUCUGCUGGAGAUGUACGAGUCAGAGGACAACAAGAAGGUUGUCUCCGCUCUCUGCGUAGGUCUUGCAGAGACUAUAAACAAGAUUGGCCCGGCAUUCCUUGAAGGAAAACUUGAUGCGAUCGGCAACAUCGCCAGCCAAAUCCUCGAUCAGAAAGCGAUAUGUCAACAAGAUCCUGAUCAGGAUGAGAACGAGGAGGCACCAGAGGACCAGGCUGAGUACGAUUCUAUGCUCAUCUCCUCCGCCGGUGACCUCGUGGCGGCACUUGCCAAUGUUCUCGGGCGUGACUUCCAGAAUGCGUUCGAAACAUUCUUCCCGCUGAUCGCCAAGUAUUACAAAAAGAAUCGUUCUGUGAGCGAUCGCUCAUCCGCCAUCGGAUGCCUCUCGGAGAUCAUCGCUGGCAUGAAGGAUGCUGUCACCCCAAAGACGCAGCCGCUGCUCGAGCUGUUCUUCCGAGCAUUGGCUGACAACGAGGCCGAAGUGCAGUGCAAUGCCGCUUUCGCAGUAGGCAUGCUCGUCGAGCACUCACGAGUUGACCUCUCACCACAUUACAUGAACGUCCUCGCUUCCCUUCGACCACUCUUCAUCGUUGCACCCGAUGCUCCUACCGCACGAUAUAAUGCCCGAGAUAACGCCGUAGGCGCAGUUGCUCGCAUCAUCGUGAAGAACACUGCCGCCAUUCCCCUUGAGCAGGUGCUGCCCGUGUUCUUCGAAGCGUUGCCGCUUAAGCACGACUACUUGGAGAACCGACCGGUGUUCUACGCGAUCUUCCACCUAUUCCGCACGAACCCUGCUUUGCUGCAUCCUUAUAUGGAUCGGCUGCUUGCUGUGUUCGCGUACGUACUCGAUCCCAGUGGCCCGGAGAUGAUUGGCGAGGAUAUCCGAGCGGAGCUGAUUCAAUUGAUUGGUGCGUUGAGCCGCGAGGAUCCGGCUAAGAUCCAGGCUGCAGGACUCGCACCUUACGUCCCGGGAAGCUAG